AUGCCCAGAAGAAACCACCAUCCAGAUGGCAACUUUUUCAGAGGGAAAGGACACAGCUAUCUUGCAGCAGAAGGAGCUCUGACUAUUGGACUCUUCAUUUUGGUGCUGGCAAUUUUACUUAUCUUUGGCUGUUGGUAUUACAAAAGACGUAGUGGCUAUAAAAGUCUGCGGAGCAAAAGCUCUAAUGUGGGCACAAUACGAACCGUGGUAGGUGAGGGAACAAUACUGGACUCCAAAAUGGCUCUGCAGGAGUACAGAAACUUUAAUUCCGUGGUACCUGAUGCUCCACCAGCUUACGACAAAAUCACUGCAGAUCAGUUACCACCACCUUAUUCACCAUGA